UCUUCCGGUCUUGGUGAAUCCCGAAAGGGUGUUAGGAUGCGCAUGAUGAGGCUGCUGGCAUUUGUGGUGUUGGCACUACUUGUUGUCUCUAACGCAGAAGAAGGAGCCAGACUUUUGGCCUCCAAAUCACUGCUGAACAGAUAUGCUGUAGAGGGGCGAGACCUGACCCUACAAUACAACAUCUAUAACGUGGGUUCAAGUGCUGCAUUGGAUGUGGAAUUAUCUGAUGAUUCCUUCCCUCCAGAAGACUUUGGCAUUGUCUCUGGAAUGCUCAAUGUCAAAUGGGACCGGAUUGCCCCUGCCAGCAAUGUCUCUCACACCGUAGUCCUGCGCCCUCUCAAGGCUGGCUAUUUCAACUUCACCUCAGCAACUAUUACUUACCUGGCUCAGGAGGAUGGACCUGUUGUGAUUGGCUUCACCAGUGCUCCUGGACAGGGAGGAAUCCUGGCUCAGCGGGAGUUUGACAGGAGAUUCUCCCCCCAUUUUCUGGACUGGGCAGCCUUCGGGGUCAUGACCCUCCCCUCCAUCGGCAUCCCCCUGCUGCUCUGGUACUCCAGUAAGAGGAAAUAUGACACUCCCAAAACCAAGAAGAACUGAGUGGGCCUGCCGCUGCCCUCUCUUCCCAAGAAUUCCAGGUGCUUUCCAGACUCCAAAGGGUUUCUCAGCCUCUUCUCCCUUAGCCCUUGGCCACCUUCUGGAUCCUGCCCUGUGUCAACCAGAGUGAAGGGCCAGGCCUCGGAGUCUAUGAGAGCCUCCUGGGUUCCAUCCUGAAGCCAUACCAACAGGAAUGCCUUUGCAGCACCCUGAGCCUAGAGGGGGACCUCUAUGCACUCUAAGGGGCCCUCGGGUGCAUUGCUGGCAACACGAACUCUCUCAGGGGCCCAGGAGGGGGCACUUUGGAGACUGCCUGACUCCGCGUUCCCUUUACCUGCCCUCCCUGCCCAGAAGAGGGGAAGAUGAAAUGAAAGCUGUGGGACUCUUGGAGGCGACCCAGUCUCUCUGUUCUGGGUUAGGGAAACGCUUACCAAAUGGGGUUUUCUAAUAAAAAUAAUG